CGUGGGUAGCAUUCGUUACCUUGUGGUUCGAAUCCUCCUACUUGCAGUCGUAGUCUUCUUUUUUUAUUCCCUUUUAUAUCAUUAUCUUAAAAACUUAUUUUUAUCUGAAGUGUAAUUAUUUGUGAUAAUAUGUCAUAUUUGUGAGUGUGUGACUAUGUUUUUAAUGUUACUGCUUGCACUCUGGCCCUCACAGAGAUAAUAUUUUGACAUCUACGUUACGGUUCUUUCAUGGAUUCAGAUUCCAAUGGAAUUCAGUCUGGACAGUCAAGAUACUAUAUGUUUAAAUGUACUGCAGACAAGAAAAGGUGUUAAUGAACAUAUAAAACUGAAACAAUUUUACAGUAUAAUUCGCAAAAAAUUACAACAUGUCUAAAAGACAGAGAAAAAGUAUGGAUGGAGAUCUGGACCAUGGAAGUGGGGUUAAGGAAGCGGAUGAUAAAAAUAGUGAAGAAAACUUGACAAUAGAAAUGCAAAGAACUGAACACCUUAAAUCAAAGAAAAGGGGCAGGCCUAAAAAAUCUGAAAAAUCGUUCAAUCAAACAGAAGAAAAUGUAGAUACAAGUUCAAAAUUGAGGAAGAGUAAUGACCAGGCAAACAGAAAUAAUAUGACUGAAGGGCCAGGUAUAUCACAGACUCGGAACGACAAACGUGGACCCAGUGAAAGUGCCUUAAGCUCUGGGGGAAAGAAACGGAACGAACCUGAUGAGGAGGAUAACUCUAAUGACAAAGGACCGGAACAAACUGUGAUAAAAAGGAAACGAGGCAGGCCAAAGAGCUUACCAGAUGCAAAACGCCUCAAAUCAGUGGGUGAAAGUGGUAUGACUGACGACAGCGUCAUAGAAAAAGGCAAAGAAAAGGAAGACUGUGGAAAAAUGAAGGAAAAAUUAACUCCAGGAACGGGGAAGAAAAAGGGGGAAAUUCCAAACUUUCAAAGGAGAAGUUCUAGUGGUAGGAAAAUCAAUCUGACUGCAAAAUUUGCAGAUUCCAUAAGUUCUGAUUCAGAUGUAGACGAUAGGGAUUCAGAAGAGAAUUCUUUUAAUGAGGAUAAAGAGACAAUGAAGGGUCGAGGAAGAGGUCGGGGGAGAAGCAGAGGAAGUGGGCGUGGUAGAGGAAGGGGCAAGGGUAGAGGAAGUGGCAACACUCCGAAUAUUGAUGAUGAUAAAGAGGGUAAUUCUUCUGAUGAUGAAGUUUCAUUUAAAUCCAGCACACCAAAGGUUAGAGGUCAUGGUAGGGGUCAAUCUAGGGGUAGGGGAAGAGGUCAGACUGUGCAGGUAAAACAUGAAUUAACAAACAAAGACGAAAGUGGCAAUUUAGAUGAUGUUGACAUUGAUAAGGAUGUUAACAACGAUGACCCUGUUGUCAUUUCUGAAUCCAAGGUCAAAGGUCAUGAUAGGGAUGGCCCUAGUGGUAAAGUGAAACAUCAAGGCACUUCAGUAAACAAGGAGACAGAAAAGGAUAAAUUGAACAAUUUUGUUCAUAUUGACGUUGACAUGGAGGAUAAUUAUGAUGAGGACAACGUAGAGUUUUCUGUGCCAAAGGUCACAGGAUGUGGUAGAGGCAAACGAAGUCGAGGAAGAGGGACACCCUCGAAGGAUAAAAGUUUACCAGACACCGAAAACAACAUGAAUAAUGGCUCUUUUGAGGAAAGUUUAAAGGUUUCUGGAAGCCAUCCCUUAGAAUCUUCUACACCAAAGGUCAGAGGUCGAGGACGUCCUAGAGGGCGAGCAGGAGUCAGGGGAAGAAUUACGCCUAUAAAACCUGUACAUAUGAAAGUGGAAGAUGACAGCAAGAAUGAUAUGUCCAGUGAUGACCAUUUAUCUAACGAUCAAUUAGACCACUUAGAUUCUUACACACCAAAGGUAAGAGGUCGUGGUAGGCCUAGAGGUCGUCCAAGAGGUCGUCCUAGGGGUCGAGGAAGACCUGCUUUAUCUAAAGAUAAAGAUGACAGUUAUAGUGACAGUUCUGAUAAUUCUGAUAAUGACUACACUCCAAAUGUCAGAGGUCGUGGGAGAGGUCGAGGCAGAGGUCGAGGUAGAGGUCGUGGUAGAGGUCGACGAAACUCGAGUAGUGAGGAAGAUUCAGGAGAGGAGACUACACAGGAGUCUUACAAGUGUGUGCUGUGUGGAAAUGAGUAUGUGGGGAAAAGUGGCAUCAAAGAUCACAUGAUGAGAAUCCACUCCGCUGUGUGGUCUAGAAAGUGUCCAGAAGGUUUGACGGACAACGCCUCCCUGAGACUGGUCCUGAAAAAAAUGAAACGACUGCUUUGUCCUAAAUGUGGCAAGGAACUGCGAUUUGUACAGUACUACUGGAAACACCUCGAAUGGUGUGGAAGGGAGAAAGAGACAUUUAUUUGUGACAUUUGCAAUAAAGAGACGAAACUGAUGUGGCAAAAAGAACACACAAACUACCAUGGCGUUGCGGAGAGAAAUAAAGAAAUAAAAAAAUUGAAAUACGAUAAACUAAGAGCUGAAGAUGACGAAGACGACAUCGAUGAAGAGGGAAAAAGAAAAAAACGAAAGGCAUCUCAAAAAGCCAGGAGUCUGCUGUCAGAUCUGUCUACCCAGGGAGACAUAACGAAAGACGAUGAAGAGGGGAAUGACUCAUCAGAUUUAAAUCUAGGGCAGGAGUCGUCCUCGGAUGACAAUUUCGAGUCAGAUAUUGAUGAUGAUGAAGCGAAUGAUUUAAAAGGGAAUAACUCUAAGUCUAAUGAAUGCAAACCUCAGAGAAUUCCGAUGUCCAGAGAGAAGGCGGGGCGGACCCAGUUUGAUUACACAUUCAAGAAGCUACAUGACCUAGAUAAAUCCGGGACAAGAAAAUUUCCGGAGAUUUCACCGCAACUAGAGGAUUGGACGGAGCUUGAUAUCAGUGCCAUAGAGGAAUACCUUCCGAACACCAGGGAGAGCAUGGAGUUUGUUGUAACAUAUAAGAGCCCGAAGGCUGUAAAACCAGGCAAACCCCAGACAAUACCCAGGUUUAGCUCAGUUACGGGCAGUGGACAUACUACACUGUUUGUUGGUGGACCCGUAUGGGGCCUGGCGUGGUGCCCACUGCCCAUCAAAAUGAAGUCUCCACAGUACCUGGCCAUUUCCUGUAGCACAGACAUGGACCAAAGGAUCCCACUCUAUAAAACUGUCGCCCAGCCCAGCAUCAUUCAGCUGUGGGAAAUUGGAGUUCGUGCAAAGAAAGCCAACUGUCAGUCUGCUGAUCUGGUGCUGUGUAUUUGUCACGAAAGUGGACAGGUGCGCCAACUUCAGUGGUGUCCUUACCUCUGUUGUGACUACCUCGAUCAGGCCUCGGAGACCGUUCCCCAGCUAGGAUUGCUGGCCGCAGCUUGCUCUGAUGGCAAUCUUCAGAUAUACAGUAUUCCUCAUCCAAACACACUCAUUGACACAUCAGAAGAAUCCACAGGUCAAACUGAAGGGUCAGGGUCAAAGGUCAAAGAACGAGGGACAAAAAUGUCAGGACAAAGGUCAAAAAAGGAAAGUUCAGACUCAAAAAAUGUGGAUCAGUUGUUAAAUGAGAAAGGUCAAAGUUCAAAUGGAUUAGGUCAGGGUUCAAAGGAGACAGGUCAGAGGUCAAGAGAGCCUGCAUAUUACCAUGUCAAGCCAGCACUUACACUACAGCCUAGGUUUUGUGGAGAGAAAGCUUCACCCUGCUUGUGUGUUGCUUGGCAUCCCGACCCUGAAUAUCCUUGGAUCAUGGGUGGAUUUGCGGAUGGUGUGAUGCGAGUUUGGAAUCUAACAUCUACCUCACCUCUUCUGAGGAUUUCAACACAAGAAGGCAGCAACCAUCUUUAUCCUUUCAAAUCCUUCCAGGCACACAGACGAGCUGUUUAUGCAUGUUCCUGGUCCCCUCAUGUGCCUCACUGUUUUGUUACUUCAGGUUCUGACAAGGAGGUGUACGUCUGGGACCUUCGGAACAUUUCAGCGUUGGUCCACUUGGACAAGUAUUGUACCGGUAUAGGUGUGUCCAACGCCUGGCCCUCCAACCUCCUAGGUCUGCUGUACAGCAUGGAUGACGCCUACAUGUAUAAGCACUGCUACCUGAAGAUGUUACCGUACGGAUCGACACUGCCUUCUACACGUAUCAAGGGAGUCCCUCUGUCUCACAUGCAUUCCACCAUGUGGUCCUUGACCUACUCGGAGUGGCUCAGUCUUGCUGUGAUCGUGGACGACGUUGGAAGUGCUGUCUGCCUCCAGUUCCCCUCCUUUAACAUGGAGACAGGGCAUGUCUCCCGCAAGUUCAGUCUGGAAAUAUUCACUUCUUCCUUGAUACCAAGAAAAGUUGAAGAUAAUGAUAAAGACAGUUCAACUGAAAUAGUGGAAACAAAACAAGAACAAACUGUAAAACUGAAAAAGAAAAAGGAUUCUGAAAACGAUGUAAAAACUGAACCCAGCUAUAAAACUUACAAGGAAGCUGUAGAGAGCGUGACGUUAGAAUUCAAGGAUGGAAAAGAAUCAUCGUACAAAGACACAAUGCAUAAAGAUCAGAAUCUACUCUCCAUACCUCUGAUGGCGGUUCACAGGGCGGAUUUUAACCCCAACUUGCAUGCAUGUUCCUGGGUAGCUACCGGGGGCUAUGCUGGUCUAGUUCGUCUUCACAACAUGUACAAUAUGGUGUUUUCAGAGACACGAAUACAAAUGGAGGACAAAAUGUCGUGACCCUAGUCCUUUAUAUUGGGUACAAGACGUUUCUAUGGCGACCUUCCAUCUUUCAACACCAAGAGUUAAAGUAACGUGCGACCCAAACUAUAAGGCAAAUAAUGAGAAAAGUAUUGUCAGACAGGAUUUUGGAGACAAGGUGUUUUUCUAGCUAUUUGAAAAGCGAUUCUUGUGGACUGUACGUAGCUUUUUGGAAAAUGUGUUCUUGGGCAGACAGUACAUGUACAAGACAAGCUGUUCGUCAUGACGAGCUAUCAGAGAAGUGUUUCUGGCAGACUGCUAGUCAAACUAUUAGAAGUGUUAAGUUUCUGGCAGACAGAACGAGGAAAACUGUAAUUCAUCAUGCACGUGUUAGUCUUACCAUUGGAAAAAAGUUGUUUCAGAGAAGGCGACCUGUUGAUCUAAGUAACAGUGAAAUAUUGUAGAACAGAUUGUUGUAGAAGGAACUCUGUCAGUCAGUUGAUGAUAAUAACGGUUAAUAACUAAUUGGUGGGUCAAUUUCUCAGGAAAACUGUGCAUGAAACUGCCAAAGGCAGUCUAUGAAUGUUGUCUCUACUUACCUCAGUACCUAUUGUAAAAUACACUUGACAGGGUUUAAGAAAUCAACAUUUUAAUCUAAAAUAUUAUAUGAGACCAGCCAAAACUUAUGGUGGUUGUGAGUUGUGAACACUAUAGUUAGAAGUUAGAUUUUUAUGUGCAAUAGCCGAUACUUAAAUAUGUCUCUCUGAAGGCAGUUAUGAGACAAAAAAGUUGUAGUGAAAUGUGUCUUAACUCAUUCAACCCUGAAGACACAUUUGAACUCUUCCAAUUCAAAGGUUGGAAUAGUUCAUUAUGAAAUUUUAGGGGUGAAUGAGUUAAUAGGCAAUAAUCCACAUACAAAGAUGUUGACUGAUUUUUUCGGUAAUAUUUCAUUCUUGGAACUGUAGAAGCGUUAUGGUCAUUUAUUCAGUUUCGAAGAAGUUCUAAUUUUUCUAUAAGUGUCACUAGUGAUAUCUACUUUAUCUACUAUAUAUGCAUGAUAGGGCAAAUACCAAAUAUAAUGUUUACCUAAUAGAUGCUUUUGAGGUACAACAUAUUGAAAUGAACCCAUGCAGGUUAAAUCACAUGGAUGCAGAAACGUAUCAAAACAUGAUAAUUUUACCUUAUCAUACUGAAGUCUUUAUGUAUUAAGGAUAAAAAAGGGAAUUGUUGGAAAAUUUCAUAAAAAUAACUACACUGUAUACCCGAUCUUUAAAAUAUCAUAAAUUAUUACUCUUAUUUACAAAUAAUCUGUAAGAAAUCUUAUGGUGUUACAGUACUUGGUUAAACCAUUAAAUUAUUAAAUAUACUUCAUUUUCGUUGUUCCAGCAAACAACCACUUAAAACAUAUUUUAAUAUAUAUAUAGACAUGUUAAUUAUUAUUCAAAUGAUUAUUUU